AUGCGGACGAGAAAGUUUGAAAAAUCCAAUUUGUCUAAUCGAUCUCUUUCAGCUGCUAUGAGUACUAUGGUAAUGGUAUGGUAUGGUGCUCCAUACUUGCACAGGUUCAAUUGAACAACCCUCAACUUCAAUCGCUUAGAACUACAAAAAUGGUGGUUCUCGAACCAGCAAUGAUAUCUCCAGAAGAAGUGGAGUCAGAGUUACAAGCAGACCAGCAACAGGAAAGAAACCAUCCCUUCACAUCACUUGGUAGACAAUCUUCAAUCUACUCACUCACACUGGACGAGUUCCAGCACACGCUCUGCGAGGGUGGCAAGAACUUUGGUUCAAUGAACAUGGACGAGUUCCUCACUAGCAUUUGGACUGCGGAAGAAAAUCAUGCAAUCAACAAUGACACUAACCAAAUCAAUAGCAUUCAACCAAACCAGUCUUUGGGUGAAGAAACAUCGGACAAUGAUAAAGCAAUUGCUAGGCAACAGAGCUUGUCGAGGCAGGGCUCGCUUACUCUGCCUGCACCACUGUGCUGGAAGACUGUUGAUGAAGUUUGGUCCGAAAUGAACAAUACAGGGAACCAAGGUCAAGGACGAGGUAGUACUGGAACUAGUGAUGAUAUUGUGCAGAAUCCAGAGACGGAUCAGCGACAACAGACUUUUGGGGAGAUGACUCUGGAGGAUUUCUUGGUCAAAGCGGGGGUUGUAAGGGAACAAUGUCCAUUAUCACCACAACAGCAGGCAUCUCAGUACGGAAUAUACCAGAAUAGUAAUGCUAUUGCUACCCCUGCUGUAGGACCCAGUUUUGUUUCCAGGCCUAUUGUUGCUGGUGGCGGCGGCACUGGUGGUGUUGCUCCUUAUAGUGGGGCUAUGGUGGAGUCAUCUGGGUUUGGUGGUGGUGGAAAAAUGACUAAUGGGUACCCAGCAGGGCCUCUGGCCGGGAUCGGUUAUGGUGGGAGAAUGGGGAAUGGUGGUGGAUAUGGGCCAGCACAAGGGAUUGGAAUGGUGGCACCAGUGAGUCCAGCAUCGUCGGAUGGGAUGUGUAAUCAGGUUGAUAAUAUGUCGACUCAUUUUGGGAUGGACAUGGGUGGAUUAAGAGGAAGGAAAAGGAUUGUGGAUGGACCAGUGGAGAAAGGAGUGGAGAGGAGGCAGCGCAGGAUGAUUAAGAACAGAGAGUCAGCUGCUAGGUCUAGAGCAAGAAAACAGGCAUACACAGUUGAGCUGGAAGCAGAGCUGAAUCAAUUAAAAGAAGAAAAUGCCCAACUUAGACAAGCUCUGGCAGAGCUGGAGAGAAAAAGGAAGCAACAGCAAUAUUUUGAGGAAUUAAAAAACAAAGCUCCAACAAAGGCACAGAAGGCUAAUGAGAAGCUGAGGAAGAUGAGAAGGAAUUCAAGUUGCCCUCUUUGAAGUAGAAGAGAUGGUAGGUCAGUCCAAUAUCUCAUUAAGGAAUUGAAGUUAAAAGGGAAAAUGCGCAAGUGUCAACUGAAAUAAGAGGAAAUGAAGGAUGGCGGAAGUCUUCCCAGAUGGGUAUUUGCAAAAAUGGCAGCUCCCGAUCCAUGAAAAGAAGA